UGCUCAUUCACACGUUAUACUGUCAGCUGUGCUUCCAGUGAGAUGAACCAAGAGGCCUUGACGUGGGUGUCAGUGCACGUCACUGGCGUCCAGGUGUGCUUAGUGGAAUGAGCACACCUGGGGCGGGGACGGAGGGUGGUGCUCGGAGCUUUUGCAUACUCAGUCUAGAUUAGAGAGAGCAAACGUUCAGAGUCGUGUCGGGGUUUCACUCGGAUCCACAGGCACCACCAGCUCCGGAACAUUCCCUCCCCGGCACACGCAGACACUCAGCGGGACACAGAGACACACGGAGAGCCGUCAACGCGCACCGAGAACAUCCAGGGGAAUCUUCUACGUUCAUCCUUUCGUUUAUCCAUCCGUUCAUCCGUCCGUCCUUUUAUCCAUCCAUCCGUCAUUUUCGACGACUGAGCUCCAUCUCGUCUCCACGUCUUUUUCCGCGACCUUCCCCAAUCGUCAUGACCUCCGUCUGGGCGCGGCGGGCGGCGGGGGCGGCCUGGCUGCUGGUUGCCGUGGCGACGGCGGGGGUGCGCAGCACGGUGGAGAAGGAGCUGUCCCCGGAGUGCCGUGAGUUCCUGUACAUGGGCACGCCGCCGGUGGGCGUGGAGCACCACGCCCUCCGGACCAUCUGCCAGCGCUUCCACAACCGCGCUCGCUACGUCACGCUGUACGACACCACAAACCACGUGCCCGUCUACUCCGCCUACACCUUCAAGCGCUCCGACGGGGAGAAGAGGAUGGACGUUCCCUGGAUGUACGAACCUCAGCUGUCGACCUUGUCGGACACAGGCGAGAUGCAGUCCUUCCCGCUGGGCUACAUGCACAUGAACUUUGAGGACGCCCAGGCAGUGUUGAACGACUACUCCAACGCCAUCCUGUACGAGAGAGGCCAGCUGAACCCUGACGAGCACCAGGCCAGCCUUGACGACAAGGCCGCCACCUAUACCCUCACCAACGUGGUGCCACAGGUCCAUGUGUUCGGGAGCAGCCCCUGGAAGGAACAGGAGCAUUUGGUCCGCAGACGUCUCAACAACUACUGCCGCGGCACAGCCUACGUGGUCACUGGGAUCACCACGUCGGGGAACAUGAUUCGCCGGCACAAUGUGGACCGGUUGGCGGUCCCCGCCUACCUGUGGUCGGCCUACUGCUGCAUCCGCUACGACCGCAACGCCCCCUACGACGAGCGCUACAAGUUCCCAGCCUUUGGCCACUACGCCCUCAAUGACAAGGACAACAACCAGGUCCUGGAGAUGUCCGUGAAGAAGCUGGAGGAGUUCCUGAAGAAGUCCACCUACGUGGACAAGAACUUCCAGAUCUUUCUGGAUGACUGUGUGCCCCCAGGUUCGGCCUAGGGCCUCACAGUGUCUUAUCUUGGGUGUACCCUCAUGAGAGACAUAUUGUUAGUACAAAGCCAUGCCUGAUCUCACUCUCACAAGAUGUGUCACGUGUUAUCCUGUUGGUGCUGUCAAUCAA